GUCCGCGGGUUGCGGCGAAGGCGGGGAUCAGCUCCUCGGCAGGUAUCAGGAGUUGAAAUGACAUAGAAAAGUCUUCAAAGCGCUGACUGCGAAAUGAGCUCCCUCCACUUGAUGCUGAAAGGAGGUAAACUGAAACUCCAAGAAUGAUGAUCAGCUCACUGGCAAGUUACAGGAAAACCACAUACAAGGCAACUAAAUAAAGACUAUGAUAUGAGUGCUUUGUCAGAUAAACUGUCCAAAAGAAGUACAUACUUGGAGGCUGUUACAUUGAAGUGUUGAGCUCUGCUCUGUGUGUCCCUCCCUACUACCCCAACACUUCUGCGUAUGAAAUGUUUCAAAAGAAGGAGCUGGUGUGGCUUAUUUGUCACUAAAGUGAACUACAUUGGAUAUAAAACAGAAGAUGACAUCUACAUUUUCGCUCAUUGGUCGUCUCAUUCUACUGAUACCUCUGUUCAGUGCUGAAGAAUGCAUUAUUUGUGAUUACUUUGUGCUUGUUGGAGAGCCUACAGCUAUUAGUUGCCCAAUAAUUACAUUGCCAGUGCUUCACUCUGAUUACAAUCUGACGUGGUAUAAAAAUGGUAGUGCUACACCAGUAACCACAGAGAGAGACGCCAGGAUCCAUCAGCGAGAGGGCUUGCUUUGGUUUAUUCCUGCAACGCUGGAAGAUUCUGGACUUUAUGAAUGUGAUGUAAGGAGCCUUAACCACUCUAACCAAAAAACUAUACAUUUAACAGUUUUUAAGAACGAUAACGGUUUGUGUUUUAAUGGAAAAAUGAAGUUUGAACAAAAAGUGAGGAGCACAAAUACUGGAAAGAUUAUAUGCCCUGAUCUAGAACAUUUUAAAGAUGAAGACAAUAGUCAGCCUGAAGUACACUGGUAUAAGGAGUGUAAGCCUGGAUUUCUUGAAGACAAGCGACUUCUUUUGGCAGAGGGUGAAAAUGCUGUCUUGAUUCACAACGUAACUGUACAAGACAGAGGAAACUACACAUGCCGUAUGGUAUACACAUAUAUGGGAAAACAAUAUAAUGUUUCACGAACCAUGAGUCUAGAGGUUAAAGAAGGACCACUGCAGAUGAGACCAGAGUUUAUUUAUCCGAAGAACAAUACAAUUGAAGUAGAACUUGGCUCUCAUGUAGUUAUGGAAUGUAAUAUAUCAAGUGGCAUAAAUGGCUUGAUUCCAUUCUGGCAAGUUAAUGAUGAGGAUGUUGAUAGCUUUGAUAGCACCUACAGGGAACAGUUUUAUGAAGAGGGGAUGCCUCAUGGACUUGCUGUAUCUGGAACAAAAUUUAACAUUUCAAAAGUGAAAGUAAAGGAUUAUGCUCAUAAAUUUUUCUGUCACUUCAUAUAUGGUUCUCAACAAUUUACAGCCUACAUCAAAUUGGAACGCCCAGCUCAGAACAUUCAGGGUUACUUAAUUGGAGGAGGAGUUUCUUUGGUAUUUUUAGUAUUUUUUACUCUCUUUAUCUACAAGAUCUUCAAAAUUGAUAUUGUGCUUUGGUAUCGGGACUCCUGCCGUCCUUUCCUGGGUAAAAAAGUUUCAGAUGGGAAGAUCUAUGAUGCUUACGUUCUGUAUCCAAAGAACAGAGAGAGCUGCUUAUAUUCAUCAGAUAUUUUUGCUCUGAAGAUACUGCCAGAGGUCUUAGAGAGACAGUGUGGAUAUAACCUCUUCAUAUUUGGGAGGGAUGAUUUACCAGGAGCAGCUGUGAUCAGCAUUGCUGAUGAAAAAAUCCGUCAAAGUAGAAGAGUGAUAAUUGUUUUAGUACCAGAACCCUCCUGUUACAGUAUUCUAGAAGAUGUGUCUGAAAAGCAGCUAGCCAUGUAUAAUGCUCUUAUCCAAGAUGGCAUUAAAGUAAUUCUCAUUGAACUUGAAAAAAUACAAGAUUAUGCAACCAUGCCAGAAUCCAUCAAAUAUAUUAAGCAAAAGCACGGGGCUAUCCGAUGGAAAGGGGACUUCUCGGAAAGGUCUCACUCGGCAAGUACCAGAUUCUGGAAGAAAGUGCGCUACCACAUGCCAUCCAGAAAAAAUGGAUCUUCAUUAGGAUUGCAUUUGUUACCAAAAGACUUUAAUUCUCCCUAAAUAGCAAAAGAAAAAUGACACUUAAUGACUAAUUCAGUUCACAUAGUUGGUGAUGGAUUGAUUGAAAGUCUCACGUAUCUGUUUUGUGCAGACAAUCUUAUCCAAGUUUUCUGGAUUGAAGGUACUACAACUUCAUCUGCAGAUGUGAAUCAUUUUUUCUUCUGGCCAGAUCAACAGGACACCUUGAAAUGUUGUCAGUAGCACAGUGAUGACAUGGAAACCACAUAGGAAGUACAUGAGGCCUUUUGCAAGAAUUGCACUGUGAUUUGGUGGAAUUCUUUUGGUAUUAAAAAUGGAAGGGGGAAAAAAAAAACUAUCAAAAAACCAGAAAACUUGUUUUUUGCAAUUAAAGGUUGAAUAUGAAGGGAAUUAUAUUAAUUAUAAUUGUGAUAUUAUGUAAUGGGCAUGGUUGAUGCCAGUAAAUGUUUUUAUUUCAAUCUUUUUAAUGAAAUGACACGAAACUUUUCUUUGUUACAAGUUCAUUAUUUACCUUGUUCAGUUUGCUGAAAGAUAAAUCCCUCUGUUACUGCAUUAAUGUGUUAUCGUCCAAGAGAAAAGGUAAGAGACAAUCCCAGCCCCCCAAAAGUACUAGUGAACCUGACAAAGCAUAAAUACUCUUCCCUGAUCUUUUUUUACAUUUUAAAGAACUGUACCAUUUUUAGUCACUUGGCCCUUGCAGACAUCGUAAAAAUACCAUUGUAAUGUUGUAUGGAGUCAAAAAAUUAAUCUCCAGAGGAUUCCGCUCCUCCCCGCCCCCCCAGUUAAGUGACUUAGUAUUUUUGUUCUUAUUUUACCCAAGUGGAACAAUUAGCUAAUGACAUAGACUCUCUCAUGGGGAGUACAGGAUGGUUGGCUUCAUCCGCCUUGCCUUAAGGACCAGAUCAAGGGGCUUCAGGGCACCCAUUUCUCGUGGGUCGCUGUUGCUGAGGGAGAGCAGAUCUUCCCUCCUGUUCCAAGCCAGGGUGCUGGCUCAAGCAUUUGUCAGCUCUGAAAGCUGAAGCUGGCUGAACAGACUAAUGUGGCAGAAAUCGUUCUUUUCCUUGGGAUAGUAUUCUCCCAGACUAGUGAGUUUAUCUGGUUCCCAGAGGGUUCAGAGUGCAACGGGAGAAGAGGAGGGGUGGUGGGACCAUGCUUUUUGGCUCCAGAUGUGUUUAGAAAAUAGAGCUAAAAUAGCAUUGUUGCCCAGUGCUCCUUAAAGUGAGAGAGAGAGAGAUGCCCUGUGUUACCCCCUGCAGCUGCUUACUUUCCUCUCUCCCUCUGCCCUGAUGAUGUAAGGAAUCUGAGGUGACUGUACUGACUUUGGCUGAGGCUGGAGUCACAGCUUCCAAACAGCUGUUUGGGAAAGGAAGUUGUUAAAACUUACUGUACAUGUUGAAUCCUUUCUCUUUCCUUUUUUUUUUUUUUUUAAACAAUAUUCUGUAUGCCACAAUUGUUAACCCUGAAGUUAUAUUUGACUUGUUUGUAGGCAGUGAUGUAGUUUGUAAUGAUCAAUUCUUUUUUCGGGGGAGGGAAUUGAUUUAAAAAAAUUAUCAAAUCUGUUUAAUGCUAUUUUUAUAGCUAUGAAUUUUAUAGGAGCAGGAGAUGUGAGAGCCAAAUUGCCUGUGCUUUUCAGUCUGUCCUUGAAAGUUACGUUUUUAAGUUAUGAGAUCUAGUUGUAUAUGGAAGCUUCAGGAUUUGACUGUUGCUGCCUUUAACUGCUGCUUGCAGCUCUGAAUUCCUGUGUGUGUCCUAUCAGCUUCUCUCCUGCAGCACCUUUUGCUCUCCUGUCAUUCAGACUCCAGGCUAUCUUUUCCCACGCAGCUCCCUUAUCUUGGAACAAGCAACCUACUAUUGUGUCAAACUCCAUCACUUUCCAAGCUGUCCUUGAAGGCUGUUGCUAAUACAGCAUUAGGCAGAAAUUUUCCCUUUGAGUUGGUCCUUUGAUAUCUCCACUUUUUCAUCUGAAAAAACUCAUGUUCUGCAUCCUUCAGAUUUCAUCUACUCAUUUUGACGCUGCAGCGUUGGCUUUUUCUUCUAUCAUGGCUCAAGCAUUUAUCUUAUGCCUCCAUCCUCAACCAGACAAAACCGACAGUGUGAGGUGCCAUCCCAUGGAAGAACUGCCCAGUGAAUGUGGGAUGGUGUGACCCUCGUGUUCUGCCUGAUAAUUGACAAAACCAGUGGAAAUAAGUUCUUCUCCCAGCUAAAGUGCUUUAGUUACCUCAGUGUAUGCUGGAAACUUGAAACUCUGCUUCUGAGACACAGUGCCUUCUGAGCUUUGUGAGUUGAGUGUGUGUUUGGCCGGAGUGGAAUAAGAAUCUCUUCAUUUCAGGAUAGGAGGGAAAAAAGUGCAUUUGAAAUGUCCGACUGUUUCAAACUGUCUUGGUACUGGAGUUUUUAUUGAUGGAUGUCAUGUAUGUAUAGACCAAUGCACAUGCAUAUAUUCUGUUCUCAUUCUGUGUUUUAGUCAAGACAGAAGUGUCAAGGGAGGAUCAGUUCUGGUCAUGAUGUGCCACAUUCACUUAGCUGUUGCACACAGUCUGCUUUUAAAUAUGGUGUGUGUUCAGUGAUAGCCUGUUGUAGGGUAGAAGAGCCUUGAGAUCCAUCUAAAGUUACUGAGAUCCAUCUGAGCAAGGCUAAUUGUUACGGUUCACAUCGAUAGAAGAAUUUAGUAGGACAGAAGCUGUAUGGUUUGGUCACAGAACUCUUCUGUAAGAAGAUCCCUAUAUCAAAUGUGAAGACUAGACACUGGAAGUAAGGUAUUUGUACUCUGAGGACUAUAAUACUGACUUUAUGCUUCCACCUUGACAGCUCGCAGUAUGCAGGCCAGCCAACAGAGUUCCAGUGACCUUGGGCCUCCUGAAUUAUUUUUGCUGACUGGAAUAGAUUGAAUGAAAAACUGCUACUUGUUAUCCCUACCUUUAGGGAUAGGAAAGUUACUUUACUGAGCCAAAAUACUGUUUUUUAAAGAAAUUUGUUCCUUUUGAUAUAUUUAUACAAAUGAUGCUAAAGUUUUCAUGUGUGUUAUGUAAAGGCACUUUGAAGACAGGUCCAUUUUUUAAUUCAAUAAAGGCACUACAUAUUUUUUUCUUACA